CAAGAACACUGACGAGGAAACUCAUAAGGAAGGUGAUAAAGACAAAGAUCCAUAACUCCACCAUAUCCAGGUCUGAGGCUACAUUAUCUGAAGAUGGCCAGCUCUCCGUGGCCGUCACUGUGACGGAUAUACACAGAGCAUGUCUAGAACUAGGCACCAACAGGCCGUUUACACGGUUCCCAAUGCUGAAGAGGAUAUAUACCGACCACUUUAACAUGAAGAAGGCGAAGCCUGAUGAAGAUGCAGUUGAUCUGUACAGGGGCUAUGACUCCAUGAUCCUGUUCAAGAGGAAUGAAGACAUGGCUGCCCAGGUUGAGGAGAGCACACUGGAAUCAUCUUCGUUCGACGUCAAUAGUGCACAGGAAGAUGAUAUGGAAGAACUCCUAUCAUUCAUCUCAGAAACACUGAUGCUCAACGAGGAAUAUGAUCGCAACAAACAUGAGCAAGUACAGAAGUUUAUGACAUCAUGCGGAGGGAUAGAUCUGUAUUUCAAACUCCUCAAAGAAAGAUCCGAAGAGCUUCCACUGAAAAGAUCAAUAGAUUACACAACACAAGAUUUUGAAGAAGUUGAAGCUGAACUACGGUCAGGAAAGAGGAUAAAAAUGGAAAACAUAGGCGUGGACCCCAUGGUGAAUGAAGGGUGUGAAUCACAAGGAGAUCAAAAGUGAUGGACGAUGUAAGUAAAUGCGUAUAAGAUAUCAAAUUCCUACG